AUGUAUUACUUUAGGACACUCUCUUGGUCAUUGCUACUUCUACUAUUGCUGGAGUCUAGCCAAAGCAGCGCUCAGAGUACAGCGUCUGCUGCAACGACAGCUGCAUCCUUGUCAGCAAUUCCGCCAUCUUGUAUCCAUUCAAGAGCUCCAACAGCCUCGUCUGCAGCUGCAAUACAGUCCUCACUUGCCAGCGACGCUACAAUCAGCAAGGCCUGCGAUCCUUCGAUUCAACAAUGGGUCAGCGGUAGCGGCACCACACAAACAUACUAUGCCCUUGACAGCGCCUAUUUCUUCAACAUCUCCCUUGCAGCGGGCGUCACUAGCCGUCCACCUUCCCAAGAUUGUGCAAAUAACUUCAAUGCUAUCCUCUCAUCAUGCGUGGUGACUCGAGACUAUUGGGGAGGGUGGAUCGUUUCCAAUGGAAUGAAUUACUCAAUUAGCUAUACACCGCCGAGCCCAAUCUCCAGUGCGGCGAGCAGUAUAUCUGCCAGUACCGUGGGCUCAAGCGCCACUCCGAACUCUGCGUCUUCAGCAAUUUCCGUCAGCUCUGCCUCCCCAACAAAUGGCGCAGGUAUCGCGGGCUCAGCGAGUAGUGUUCGUGCUUCUGGUAAGGCAAGUGGACCGUCGAACUCGAGCUCCAACUUAGGGCUUUCCCCCUCAAAGUCAUAUUGGGGUACCGGUGUGACAGCGAGCACCGCUUCUCUUGCAACUACUGCCCAUUUCGGUUCUUCAGAAAAUCCGGCCAGCUCCUCUCCUUCAGCAAGUAGUUUGAGUUCUGUGCCAGGCUCAAGUGUCUAUGUCUUCGAUGGAGUUACUUUCACAAGUGGACCCUCUGGCCUUGUCGCUGGGACAGCCACGGUCCAACCUGGAGGAAAUGCCGUGACAAUAUCUAGUCAUACAUUUUCCCUCGGCCCCUCAGGAAGCUCGAUGGCGGUCGACGGAACUAUCAGCCCUCUGACUCUAGGAAUCACGACAAUGCUAAAUGGUCACCCAAGUACAUCAGCAAGCACAUCAGUAUCAUCUCCUACGUCAUCAGCGGCAACCCAACCUGGUCCUAGUGUCUAUACUUUCGAUGGAAUCGUCUUUACCAGUGGGGCGUCGGGACUAACUGCUGGGACUGCCACUGUGAAGCCAGGUGGACCCGCCGUCACGAUAUCUAGCCACACUUUCUCCCUCGGGUCUUUAGGGAGCACAAUCGCUGUUGACGGAACAUUGUCAGCUCUAACACCACCUCAAGUGCCUAGUACCGCAGGCUCUGUCUCUAUGUCAAGUCACAGUGCUAAAUUGAAUGUCUAUACCUUCGAUGGGAUAGUCUUCACCAGUGGUACAUCUGGCCUUGUCGCUGGAACUGCCACCGUACGGCCUGGUGGACCAGCCGUCACUAUUUCGAGCCAUACUUUCUCUUUAGGACCAGCCGGAAGCACAAUCGCUGUCGAUGGUACACUGUCGCCUUUAACGCCACCUCAGGUCUUUGCCACCAGCUCUAUCUCAAAGUCUAGCGCCAGACUUGGACCGACUUUCACGCCUCCACCUUCCCCAGUCUAUACUAUCGACGGGAUUGCGCUUACGGGAAAUCCGAGCUCCGCUCUCACCAUCGCAGGCAGCACAAUCACACCAGGCGGCCCACCAGCUAUUGUUUCAAGUCAUACAUUCUCAAUCCCCGCUGCAGCCACCGGCAACGCAAUCAACGUUGACGGAACGGUGACUCAUCUUUCGACCCCAACGGCAACCAGUAGCGCCUCUCCAGGAUCUACUAAGAGUGCUAGUUCUGCUCCCAUGACAACCGGACCGUCUUCUAUCUACACCAUUGAUGGUGUUACACUCACAGGCAAUCCAACGAGUCUUGCUACUGCGAAUUGGACUCUGACCGCUGGAGGCUCUGCCAUGACAAUCUCGAGCCAUACUUUCCAAAUUCCUGCUUUGGCUACGGGAGGUGCAAUCAGCGUAGACGGAACACUGACUACUCUAUCCUCCCUAGGUGCGAUUGGGACAAGGAGCUCAGGGGCCUUGAUGGCAAGUUCGAGAUCUUCGGCGGGAGACUCAGUACCCUCCACGAUGAGCCAAGGAUCUUCAGCCAGCUCACAGCCUGCCAUUAACCAGUAUACUUUCGCGGUCACUGCCACCAAUACCGCCAUACCCGCCGGUUUCUACGCGCAAGCCAGCAGUAAUGCUGAUUGGCAUUCCAAUACGUGGCUCACAACUACCGAUAAAAGAAACACGCCGGAAACUGAUAUUGAUGACUCAACUCCGGGCAGCGAUCCGAACAAGCCAAAUCCCAAUGAUCCAGAUGGAAACCCCGACGAUGAAGAGCCGGAUGAGGAGAAGAAAACGCAAGAGCAGCAAAGCGAGGAAAAGCAAACCCAGACAAAGCCAAGCAAGAGUACUACUCCAUUAAGCACAACGCCUCUGAGUACUAUGCCGUCGAGUACUACGCCUUCAAGUUCUAUUACAAGUGGAUCCUCAUGUGUAUUAAGUAUCUAUUCACUUACCCCCUUUACGGACCUCGCCACUCUAGACACGGGCGGAAUCACCACAUUCGGCAGCAUGACUUCGUCAGGAAACGCCACCAGCGCAUCCUCAUGUGUAUUAAGCAUCUAUUCACUCACUCCAUUUACGGACCUCGCCACUCUAGACACAGGCGGAAUCACCACAUUCGGCAGCAUGACCUCCUCCGGAACAACAACAAAUGCAUCCUCAUGUGUAUUAACUGUUUACUCCCUGACACCCUUCACGGAUCUCGCGACGCUUGUGACGGAUGAUUCAACAGAUACCGCAACAGCCUCUGCAAAUGCGACAGCACCAAUAACCCAAACCACCACUGACGCAUCCUCAUGUUUAUUAACCGUAUACACCCUGACACCCUUCACCGACAUUGCAACCCUCGAUACCGACGACGCCCCUACCCUAACUGCCACCCCGACCCUAGUUGCCACCCCGACCCUAGUAACCAACCCAACCCUGACCGCCACCCCGACCGAAACUGCCACCCCGACUACCACACCCCGCUCUAUCACCCCCGCUCCGACCAGUACCCCCCAACCCGACUGCAGUGCAGUAACCGUCUCCUGGUUCUCACCAACCGUAUGGUGCCAAUGCGGCGAAGACCAAGCCACUUACGCAGCCCUCUCCUCCUCAAGCGGCGCCUCCGCCAACUGCGACCUCACUGCCCUCCCAUCCAAAACCAUCAACCCCGUCUCCGUCAAACCUGGCCCCACAAACAUCCCCGGCGUCAAUGGCCUCGACGGCUGUAACGCCGUCGACGCAGGCGACGAACAAGGUUGCCCCGGUGUCGACUACUGCAACUGCAAUGAAGUCUACGUCGGUUUCCUGUCCGCCACUGUCUCCGGCACGGCGUCCCGAAACUGCGAUUACACGCUCCAACCCACCGUAAAUGACUGCCCCAUAAACACACUCGCCCUACUCUCCGCCUCAGUCUCCGCAUCAAAAGCCGCCGUUGCCCCAAAGCCUACCCCAACCCCCACAACCAGCUCAUUCAACAUGGCCAGCACGACCCUAUCCUGCGGCGCCAAAUUCUCCACCGACUCCGGCGCAAUCUACACCUCGAUCCCGCGCGCGCAAACGAACCAAAUCCUCUCCAACAUCGGCGAUUUCUGCACCCCAUCCGACAACGGCGCCGGCGACACCCUCACUCUCGUCAAAGGGAAACCGGCCUUCCACACCAUGCGUUUCGACGCCCCGGGACUCAUGCUGUACCAGUUCGAAAUGCAGUGGGAUCCCCGGCCCGAGUGCGCCAACAUCCCGGCGCCGGAGAUCCGCGACGCGGUGCCCACGGGCCCGGAUUAUUGGUGUCAGGUGUAUUUCGACGCGAUCACGAACGACUGCGAUGCGGGGUCGGGCGACGAUAAGCAUGGCGGGAUCAUGUACGCUGAUUGUGUGAUUUGGGGGUGGGAGGCGUAUGACGGGUGCAGUGGGGAAUUUGCGAAGGUGAACGAUUGUUAG